AUGAACCGGCAGCUAGUGAACAUUUUGACAGCCUUGUUUGCAUUUUUCUUAGAGACAAACCACUUCAGGGCAGCUUUCUGCAAAGACCAUGACUCCAGGUCUGGAAAACAACCUUCGCAGACCCUAUCUCCUUCAGAUUUCUUGGACAAAUUAAUGGGAAGGACAUCAGGAUAUGACGCAAGAAUCAGGCCAAAUUUUAAAGGUCCUCCAGUAAACGUUACUUGCAAUAUUUUUAUCAACAGUUUUGGAUCAGUCACAGAAACCACCAUGGACUACCGAGUGAAUAUUUUUCUGAGACAACAGUGGAAUGAUUCACGGCUGGCUUAUAGCGAGUACCCUGAUGAUUCUCUGGACUUAGACCCAUCGAUGCUGGACUCCAUUUGGAAACCAGAUUUGUUCUUUGCCAAUGAGAAGGGGGCCAACUUCCAUGAUGUCACCACCGACAACAAGUUGCUUCGCAUUUCAAAAAAUGGCAAAGUGCUCUACAGUAUCAGGCUCACCUUGACCUUAUCCUGUCCCAUGGACUUGAAGAAUUUUCCAAUGGAUGUCCAGACGUGUACAAUGCAGCUGGAGAGUUUUGGGUACACGAUGAAUGACCUGAUAUUUGAGUGGUUAAGUGAUGGUCCAGUUCAAGUUGCUGAAGGAUUGACCCUGCCUCAGUUCAUUUUGAAAGAAGAGAAGGAGCUCGGCUACUGCACAAAGCACUACAACACUGGAAAGUUUACCUGCAUCGAGGUUAAGUUUCACCUGGAACGCCAGAUGGGCUAUUACUUGAUCCAGAUGUACAUCCCCAGUCUGUUGAUAGUCAUUUUGUCCUGGGUCUCUUUUUGGAUAAACAUGGAUGCAGCCCCUGCCAGAGUUGCACUGGGCAUCACGACAGUCUUAACGAUGACCACCCAGAGUUCAGGCUCCAGGGCAUCUCUGCCAAAGGUCUCCUACGUAAAAGCGAUUGACAUCUGGAUGGCAGUGUGCCUUCUGUUUGUGUUUGCAGCCUUACUGGAAUAUGCAGCAGUGAACUUUGUCUCCAGGCAGCACAAGGAGUUUCUGCGGCUCCGGAGAAGGCAGAAGAGGCAGAAUAAGGAAGAAGAUGUUACUCGUGAAAGUCGUUUUAAUUUCAGUGGUUACGGGAUGGGUCACUGCCUUCAAGUGAAAGAUGGAACAGCUGUCAAGGCCACACCUGCCAGCCAGCUCCCACAGCCCCCCAAAGAUGCAGAUGCCAUCAAGAAGAAGUUUGUGGACCGGGCAAAAAGGAUUGACACGAUUUCUCGAGCUGCCUUCCCAUUGGCCUUCCUCAUUUUCAACAUCUUUUACUGGAUCACAUACAAGAUCAUUCGGCAUGAAGAUGUCCACAAGAAAUAG